AUGCACCGCCCAUCUCUCUUGGUCCUUCUCUCUGUCCUCAUCGCCACCCAGGCCUUUGUCGUGCCCCCAUCCCAAGCCACAUUGGCCUGUAUCACCUGCGUGGCUACUGUGAAGGGAGUCGAAGCCAAGAUGUUGGCUGAAGGAGGACACGUGGCAAAGAAUGAUGUUGACGCUAUCUGCUUGAAAGAAGUGCCAACCCACUCUGCUGAACAUCUUUGCGAGGACUACGGAGAGCAUGAAGUCGAUGUUAUGGUCGCAUUGAUCAAGAAGGAUGUCCCACCAAAGAUGAUUUGCCAAGAAUUGAACAAAUGCUAA